UGUUAUUUGUCAUCAAUUAUUCGUAUAACGUUGUGAUUUAUUCGCGUUUGAUUCCAAUAAAUUGCUUUUUUUAGGCUUCCAAAUUGUUUUAAGGGAUUAUCAUUCCAUAUUAUCUGGAUUAUUAUCGAAUUACUGAGUUGUCAUUUUAUGAUCCAUACUUACCUACUAGGACUGCGUAAACAAAAAUGUCUCAUACAAUACUAUUAGUACAACCUGGUGUCAGACCUGAAACAAGAACGUAUUCUGAUUAUGAAAGCAUUAAUGAAUGUAUGGAAGGAGUUUGUAAAAUUUAUGAAGAACAUCUAAAGAGACGAAAUCCAAACACUCCAACUAUUACUUACGAUAUUAGUCAGUUAUUUGAUUUCGUGGAUCAAUUAACGGAUUUAUCUUGUCUUGUCUACCAAAAAUCAACAAAUACUUAUGCUCCUUAUAAUAAGGAUUGGAUCAAAGAAAAGAUAUAUGUUUUAUUACGUAGAGCUGCGGGACAUGGAGAGUAAUCGAUACAUAAAGUACACAUAUAUGUGUUUUCAUAUAUAUAAGAUAAUUUUAAAUACUAUUUUAUUCGUUAUAAUAAAUCUAUAAUUUACGAUAUUUCAUAUUAUGACAUAGUAAUUAUAUUAUAUACCUUUAUCUUUAUAUUUAUUUUAUUCAUUUUAUUAUAAUUUUUAUAAGAUAAGAUGGGAUUAUUUCGUCAAAUUUCAACUUAAAGUGAUAUGAAAAUUUUACAGUAAAAUGUCUCACCCAAUUAAAUUUCAAACAUGAUUUAUUACUGAACAUAAUGUAACCUCUUGUAAGCAUAAAAAUUAACAUUUAAUAGAGAAAAAUAUUACAUAAAUAUCUAAACUGAAAGUGUACAUAUAUCAAAGUAGAAUUCUUCCGCUCAUUGAAGAUCUUAAAAAAAAUUAAUAAUGUAAGAAAAUAAUUCACGAUUAUCAGAGAUUAUUUUUGCAUUACUGUUCUAAAACUUUAAUAAACAAUAUAAUUUGCUUAUAAUUGUACAUUACUCUCAAAUACGAUUGCAUUUUAAAAGUAAACAUGAUCUUUAAAUGUUAAAUAUAUAUUAAUUAAAAACAA